UGGCUUAUUUUCUGCACGUCAUCAAACACGGAAGUAAUGUCCUCUGCUGCUAACACUACGACGUGCUUUGAGUGAAGCACUUUAAAUCCUUGCUUUGGAUUGCUUUUUAAGGCAGCGACACCAAUUUAGUCGACGGAGGCUAUGACUCAGGCUGAAAAGGAGCAGGAUAAUGGAAAAGAAAAAGAAAAAGAGCGAGACAAAGAGAAGGAGAGGGAGCAGCGAGGGGUGAAAAGACCCAUUGCACCGCCGACCAUCACGGAGCCGCUGCAGGAGCAAAUACAGAGCAACUUUAUCAUCAUCAUCCACCCUGGUUCAAGGACGCUCCGCAUAGGUCGAGCGACAGACAACCUCCCCAUAACCAUCCCGCAUGUGAUUGCGCGCCGACACAAGCAAAGUGGACAACUCAGAUAUGAAGACGCCUGGCUGCUGAGGGAAGGUCUAAAUAAACCUGAGAGUAAUGAGCAGAGGCAGAAUGGACUGAAAAUGGUAGACCAGGCCAUUUGGUCCAAAAAGAUGUCCAAUGGUGUGAGGAGGACACCGGUGUCUGCUGAACAGGCAAGAGCAUACAACUGUCAGAUCCGUCCUGCAGUGUUGGACAGCAGCUCCAGAGUGAAGUGGACCAACACAGCUCACCAUCCGCCUCACUUGGUGGGAGAGGAGGCACUGUAUGUGAAGCCAACAGACUGUUACGACAUCCACUGGCCUGUAUUGAGAGGCCAGCUCAACGUGCACGCUGGCCCUGGAGGAUCACUGACGGCUGUCCUGGCCGAUCUUGAGACCAUUUGGAGUCAUGUUAUUCAAAAGCACCUGGAGAUACCCCUCAAAGACUUAAAGUAUUACAGAUGCAUCCUCUUGGUUCCUGACAUCUACAAUAGGCAGCAUGUUAAGGAGUUGGUCUCCAUGCUGCUCCUGAAUAUGGACUUCUCAGCAAUCAUCGUGCAUCAAGAGUCUGUGUGCGCUACAUUCGGCAGCGGGUUGAGCAGCGCCUGCGUCGUCGACGUUGGAGACCAGAAGACCAGUCUCUGCUGUGUGGAGGACGGAGUUUCACAUCGGAACUCCAGGUUGUCUUUGGCUUACGGCGGCUCGGACGUGACUCGCAUUUUCUUCUGGCUCCUGCAGAGGGCAGGAUUUCCCUACAGAGACUGUCAGCUGUCCAACAGGUUGGACUGUCAGCUGCUGCAGCAGGUCAAAGAGACACUCUGCCAUCUGGACCAGGAUAUAUCUGGACUACAGGAUCAUGAAUUUCAAACACGUUUCCCAGAUGCGCCAGCUCUUCUCUAUCAGGUUCGCCUAGGAGAUGAGAAAUUACAGGCACCCAUGGGUCUUUUCUACCCAAGCACCUUUGGCAUCAUGGGUCAGAAGAUGACAUUACUGCAGUACCGUUCCCAAGGUGACUCCGAGGACCCUCAUGAUGAGCUCUAUUUACUGGCCACACACAGCAAACAAGACCAGUCUUCCAAGUCUGCGUCAGACCGAAAGGUGCUCUCUAGAUCAGGGGGAGCUUUGGACGGGGACAUGAGUGGCCAAGGAGGGGUUGGGGAGCUAUCAGAGAUGCCCAGGGGGGGUGGCGGCGGUGGUGGGGCAGUACAAGGGGAGAUGGAGAUUGGGGCUACCCAAGCGGAGUGCCUGAUGGGGGUCGGGGAGGCGGAGGAGCCUCUGUCUACACACCUCUCCAGGAAGACCGCAAUCAUGAGCCAGUUUGAAGGCAAAGCGCUGGGCUUGGAUAAAGCCAUCCUGCACAGCAUCGACUGCUGUGCAUCGGACGAGACCAAGCGAAAGAUGUACAGCUCCAUCCUGGUGGUGGGGGGCGGGCUAAUGUUUCACGGGGCUCAGGAGUUCCUGCUUCACCGCAUCAUCAACAAGAUGCCGCCCUCCUUCAGACGGCUUGUAGACAAUGUGGAAGUUAUCACCAGGCCAAAGGACAUGGACCCACGUCUGAUAUCGUGGAAGGGCGGAGCAGUGCUGGCGUGUCUGGACACCACACAGGAAAUGUGGAUCCACCAGCGGGAGUGGCAGCGUUUUGGCGUUCGAAUGCUUCGUGAGCGAGCAGCUUUUGUCUGGUGAAAGCACACGUUUACAAAUAAAAAUACACAAAAUGACAAUUUUCAAGUUUAAAGAAGGCAAAAAAAAAACCAAACCCAGUCACAUUAAACAAUUACAGUGGAUUGGAUAUAAAUGAGGGGCUUUCUGGAUAUCUGCCCCAUACUGAACAUGUGCUGUAUGUCCAUCAAGAAUUUGGGUUGGGUGUCCCAUAAAAUAAACAGGGUUCUAGCUUUUCCAGAAAAUAAUCAUUUGAAGUUGGAAUAGUAGAUUUAAGUUAAUUUAAUUACCCUUCAUUAGCGUCAGGCUUAGUAUUAUUGUAAUUAAUACAGUAGUAUUUGUUUUGUUGUAAAUAACACAGUUGGGUUGAUUAUUGGGUCACUAAAGCUUGAUUACAUACAGCAUACUGAUUUCAAAUCUGAACUUCAGUUCUUUACACAUUUUCAGUAAAAGUCAAUACACAGUCCACGAUAUACUUUUACUAUUAGUAAAUUAACUAUAAACGAAGAUACACAGGCCAUUUGUUACAGUAGCACAAUUCUAUUUAUCAAUUUGCAGUAGUUGGCAGUAAAUUAAAGCCAUCUAAAAAGCUGAACAUUUGUUGGUACAUUUUACAAAUAAAAUAUAAUGUGCAAUGGGGGUGCAACUGUAAAUAUUAAUUACCGUAUUUCCUUACAGUGGUCGUUGAUGCAUAUUUACUCAAAUGCAGAGAGUACACUAGGUCCCCAACUUACGAACACCCGACUAGCGAACAUUCGCGGAUACGAACACAAGCCGACUGGUCUAUUAUUUUAUUUUGCCUUGUAGUCGCUCAAUCAGUAUUUAUACUGCUACUGUACAUGCUUGGCCAGUAGAGGGCACUGUGACACUGCUAAUGGGACCAAGAGGCAGCGUUAGAGCUAAUGGGACCAACAGAGGAAGAGUUAGACGCUGGGGAGAUAAAGCUAAAUGGAAAGCUAAAUUGUACAACCCGGACAAAUGGUGGAUUAAAGUUUAUGAAGAGUUAAUAGGCCUGCUUAAUUCUACACCACCCACAGAACACUACCUCUUUAGAAGAGUCUAACGACGACAACUUGUCCUUUUUUUCAAUAACUCCUCCUCCACCACCACGACGACGUAUGCUCGACCACUCCUCUUCCAAGGUAAAUAACAUUUAUCAUUACGUAUUAUAUCACUUUUAUUGUUUUUUUUCAUUAAUUAUCCUCAUUUAAUAUUACUAUUGCAUCCAAACUCAUAUUUACAUACAUACACAUAUACUGUAUAUGUAUACACGUACAUGUAGUACCUAUAUCAUUGGUAAUAUUACCUUUUCCACUACUUAAGAACAAUUCGACAUAAGAAUGGUCGUCUAGAACCAAUUGUGUUUGUAUGUUGGGCACCUAGUGUACCAGGCAUCUAUUAGUCAACAUGCAUUAUUUCCCCAGAAAUAAAUGACAAGCACUAUAUUAAUUUUAUUGAGAAAAGUAACACAUAACUUUUGAAGAUUUUUAUUUUAACCAAGUGGUAUAUCAUUUUUAAUAUCCUUCUAAUGUGCAGCACAAACUACAGUAGAGCACAGAAAACAGUCCAUCCAUGUUCUAUGGCACUUGUCCUCACUAUGGCCGCAGGGGUAUACUGGAGCCUAAGCUGGGUGAGAGGCGGGGUACACCCUGGACUGGUGGCCAGCCAAUUGCAGGGCUCAUAUAGACAACCAACCAUUCACAUUCACAUUCACAUUCAUACCUAUGGACAAUUUAGAGUCUCCAAUUAAUCUAACAUGCAUGUUUUUGGAAUGUGGGAGGAAACCGGAGUACCCGGAGAAAACCCACGAACGGGGAGAACAUAAACUCCACACAGAAAUGCCCUCCUGACUGUGUGGCCAACAUGCGGUGGCAGAAAACACUCAAUAUAUGUAAUUUAUGUAGUCAAAACAGCUUCAGCAAAAGCAGGGGUGGAAAUGGGGGUUGGAGGAAGCCGUUUGAGGAGCUGCUGGAUCGGCCAUUCUGGUUCCUAUGUGUAGGAAUUCCCGGAAAGGCGUCAGAAAACUGCUGAAGACAGUGGCAGCUGGACUCAGUAGCUGGCCCCACGCCUACACAUUUAUUAGUGUAGGCGUUUACCUGCAGGAAAACAGGCAUUAUAUACAACAAGAUUAUUCAUUCUAUUAAUUAAUAUUACAAUCUGAUGAUAGCCAUUCCAUACAUCAGCUGUAUUAAAAAAUGUGCCUUUUAAAAAGGUAAUAAUGCUCUGUAUUGACUUAUUACUGUAACAGUGUGUAUUACUGUGGUAACACUAUGAAGUUUUGUAGGCUUGUACUACGUCAUACUAAGCUGAGUUUAGUAUUUUGGCCCUCUCACAUAGAUGGAAAACUUCUCUGAAAGUGUCAACAAUUUUUGUACUGGAUCUCAGAUUGUGCAGGUGUACCAAAUGUUAUAGCGAGUGAGGGUGCGAGUAUAUGUUGUAGCCUCACCUUCCUCAUCCUCCUCCGCCCAUUGGUGGAGGACUGGGACCGCCACCAAAAUUGAUUCUUCCCAUCCGCCUUCGACCACCAGGGGGACCAGGAGGACUGUGACAGAGAAUGACCAAACAGGAAAACAGAACAGAAAUUUUAACUUCUCUGUGGCUGUGUAGUAAAAUAUGGCUAAAAAAAAAGAAAAAUGUAAAUAUACAGUAUGUUGCCAAAUGAACUUAAUUUAGUCUCUGUGGGCGAGUACAUAAUUUAUUGUUUAACUGUCUACAAUUAAGAGUGGCCUACUUUCUUUUACACUUGUAUAGAACAGAGAAACACUGAUUAUCAACUAGUGAAUCUAUAAAGGGGAAAUAAAAGUAUCUUAAAAAUAAUUGUGCUUACCCUCUGCCAUCAGAAAACCAUGAUAAGUCACUGUUAUUGCCAUGCUUCGUCAGGUCCGGGUGAAUUAUUGUUUUAAAGCUGGAAGGGGACAAAGGGACCAACAUAUAUAUUAUAUAUAUAUACACACACUAAUAUAUGCUCAGUGAACAAAUAGCAUUUAUGACAAAUACCGGAAAUGCAGCUCUUUACAAUGGGUCAACAAUACCAAUAUUGACUUACAACAGGCCUAAAAACUCCACUGCUCCCCAAAACAGGUCGACCAGUAGGGAUAGUCUCCAUGGUGACUGGCUCCUGCUGUCCAGAACCUGGCCUGGUACAGAUACAAGAAAGAUAGGAUAUAGUUAACGUCAAUAAUAAACACAUAACCUUAUAAUUAAGUAUAGAUCAUAAACACGAAUCACUGUUACCAUUCUUUUCACGUACAUGUUUUUGAAACGUGUCAAGCAUGGGUCAUCGAUCAACAUAAUACAUCGAGCAUAUAUGUUAAGAAGUACAUUGAUGCCAUGUGCUGGGUAGCCGAGGAAGCAGUUAGUAAAACGUUUUAUCAGAAAAUAUUGGUUAUUUGUUGAGCAAUCAACACGAACAUGAUGGCUAACUAGCUAGCUGCUCUAAACACUAACUCCAUACUCGUGUCACAUUUCAUAAGUAAGACUGACUGUAAAACACUAAGAAAUACUCUAAAACAUCAGGUGACAUAAGGCGGAAAUAGAUUUACAGACAUUUUUAAAACAUUAUAAACCCACUCACCAUUAGACACGUACACCAUCUUUAGGAAGUCGCAACUGUUUACUUGGGUUGCACUUCCGGGUUUGUUGGCGACGGUAUAAAAUACGAUACCAAAAUAGAUAUUGAAUUAAAUGCCAAAAGUCACCAUAAACAGUAAUAGCAUUUUUACGUCAUCAACACGAAUAGCCUAGUACGCCAAAUACGUGUUUUCUGUAUUUUUUUUCAUCUACUAUCAGGUGAAGUCAGAAUGGGUAGCUUGAGCCAAAAUGGACGUCUCACAAUGACGCAGCAGACACACGUGAUUUCUCCCAGCCAAUUAGUCGAAACAUGACAACGAUGAAAACGAAAAUGUUAAGUUUACUUUUACAGUGCACUGUGUCAGUGCAUCAUACUGCUACUUCUACAAAAUAAAAUUAGGAGAAACAGCAUUUUUCAGACUAAAUAAACAUUUAACUAAUUGAGAUUUACUGAAUACAGCCAUGAUACAUGUAUUUAACAUACGUAGAAAUAUAUAAUAUAAACUUUUUAUGCGUAAAAAAAGUAUUGGAACUUGGAGAACAACGUCUACUGCUGUCAUGGUGGCCGCAUACCUGAAGUGGUCUUCAAUAAUAGCAGGCCAGUCUGGACACAUUGGAUACAUUUUAUUUAACAUAUUUUUUCAUUAUAACAAAAAUAGCUACUCUCACUUUUCUUUUAAGAUGUUACUAUACUAUGUUUGAAACAAUUGCAGACAGAACUAAAAUAUACUAUCUGAUACAGCAAAUUAUGGAGCAACACUUACACAAUUUAAUUCACAUCUGCAGGCAAUUUAACCUACAAUUUCAACUGAGUCAUAUAAUCAGAGUACAACCACGUUUUCAUGUAUGUUAAUUUUGUUGGUAAAUGUCGAUGGUACUACUUUACGCAGAAGGCUUUGCGCUCGAAGAGAACCGGAGUAAACUGGCUGUUGCUCAGGCUACGAGCAAGUAAGAGUGAUGUGCUAAUAAAGCAAUAAAGACUUCAUAAAUAUUGUUGUACUCUGCUGUUCCUGGUUUGUUAAGCAACAAACAAUAUUGAUUAAAUAUUUGGAUUGUAAUUGUGAUGGUUUCAGCGGAGCAGUCACGCUACUUACGCACAAAGUAUUGCAGAACCACGCUUUGUUGCUUUGUUUUAUGACUGUGGUGGUGUUGCCUAGUGAUGUGUCGGUCACGAACAAAUCGGCUCUAAAAGCCGGCUCUUUGAAAUGAAUGACAGGAGCCAGCUCUCGUCGUUUGGAGCUGAUUAUCCUCGUUUUUUACUGUUAAAGGCGAAUGUCACUGGUCAAGAUGUGUAGUGGCGCCUCUGUGUCCGCACUGAGCAGCGGAGGGCUGGGGUUAAACACACACAGCACCAGUGUGUGCUUGUCCCUAAAUCUGGCGACAUUCCAAACCCUCAUUUUCUCAAAAAUGACUAACGAAAAAUCAGCAUCGUUGGAGAGUUUUCUGGUAUUUAGGGACUUAAAAGUGAAAGCACGUAUUGUUCUGCAGUUUCUGUUCUUACUCCGCUGAUCUGCCCCGCUCCAAAGCACUCACAAGGGGUCAGUGUGCAGUCAGCUCCGGCGGCACACUGAGAGCAUAGUGGAACUCUACGCAUCCAUGAAUCACUCAACCGGGAGGCGCGAUGCUGCUGGGGUGGAUGGUGAAUACGUAAAUGUUUUAGUCUUCAUGAAAUGACUACUCACUACACUCAAGUCUCAUUCGGUCUUGGUCACUUACCUGUCAGUGUGUCAGAACGUGUGAUGGAAGCAUGUUGUGUGAUAAAUGAAGCAAGUAGUCCUAACUGAAGGAUGAAAGGUGGAGGCUGGAGGCGAGUACGGAUGUAAUUAUUACGCUGUCUAGACUUUGAAAGGCGCUGGCCGACAAAAUAAAAAUAAAAAUUAUUUUCAUUUUGAUGAAGUGAUGGCCAAUUUUAAAUGAACAAACCAAGUGUAUCUGGAUUUCAAAACUUCACAUAACGCGGAAAGGAGAAACAGGAUCAGCCCGUCAAAGCUGAGGCACUUUUUUGUUUUUUUUAUGCCAAUCUUCAGUAAAGACAACUGUUACCUGGUUGCUGCUUUUUGGUUUGCAUGUUUUAAUUUGUGUUUUGUUGAUGCUGUGUUUGACUGUAAAUAGUUAGAAAUUUGCAUGCAGAGAUUUGUUUAUUGAGACGGGGGUUUUGUUUUUGUAUUUUAUAUUCCAUUUUUUGUAGCUGUUCAUUGUAGGCCUGUGCAAAAUUCCAAAUUCAAUUCAAUGCAAUGAAUUAAUUUGAAUUUGAAUUGACUGCACCCAGCUGGAUGUUGAAUUUAAUUCAUGCCCUGCGAUUGACUGUCAACCAGUCCAGGGUGUACCCCGCCUCGCGUCCGAUGUCAGCUGGGAUAGGCUCCAGCACCCCCGCAACCCUAGUGAGGAUAAGCGGCAUAGAAGAUGGAUGGAUAGAAUUUAAUUCAAUGCAAUUCAGAGAAAUUCAUUCUCAUCACAUAUCAGUGAGAAUUAGAUUCUUUUAACAUACAUUUUUCUUCAAAAGGACAGUAAAAGACAUUAACAUUAAGCAUUUUGGCAUGUCCACCACAAUCCUGAGUUGCUUCUACAGAUGCACUAUCGAAAGUGUCCUUACAGCCUCCAUCACUGUUUGGUACGGUAACUGUACAACACGUGAUAGGAAGGCACUCCAGCGGGUGAUCAAGAUCUCACAGAACAUUGUUGGGGCAGCCCUCCCCUCACUGCAAGACAUUUAUAAAUCUAGAGUCCUAUGCAGAACACACAACCUCAUCAAGGACAGCACACAUCCACAACACUCGUUAUUCACACUCCUACCGUCAGGCAGACGCUACAGGAGUUUGAAGUCCAGGACCACAAGGCUGGCAAACAGCUUUUACCCACAGGCCAUCAGGCUCCUCAACGAAGCACUCGCACACGCCGCACGCACACACUCAUAGCACUUUAUUUAUUUGUAUUAUUUACUUGUAUUAAUGUCUCUUCUGUUGUUGUUGCUUAAUUUAUUGGUAUAUAUGUUUAUGUGUUUAUGUUUCUUAUGUUCUUAUUCUUUCAUUUUUCUUUCUUUUCUUGGGAGAAUGAACAGAAUAAGAUUUUCAUUGCAUGGUAUAACUGCUGUUGUACUAUGCACAUGACAAUAAAACUCUCUUGAAUCUUGAAUUCUCCUUAAUGUUGGAAAGUUUAGCGAUUUAUGCUAAGUCAAAGUAUAAACCAGCUUUAGCCUUCAAUUAUUUAAUAAUUAUCAAUUUAUUUCACUAGUGUGCUCCAAAUGUUUGGACAGCCAUUUAAAAGACUUGGAUAAAGCAAUUAUCGUGCCAGGCCGAGUGCCCAUGAGACAAUUUUCUUUUGAAUGACAAAUCCUGUCAAGUUUUAUUCUCACGAGAACUUGACACUCCUACUUAAUUGUGCAAAAAGUUAAAAAAAUAAAUGAAAUCAGGGGUGUCCAAACUUUUUUCCACUGAGCACCGCAUACUGAAAAACCAAAAGAUGUGGGGUCCACUUUGAUAUUUUUUAAAAUUCUGUAACAAGGCAAAAAAAUAUAUACUUACAUUGCCUUUUUUCUGUGUUAUUUUUUACAGUUUGGUUUACAGCCCAAUAAAAACGGGCUGCAAAUGGCACCCGGGCCACACUUUGCACCCUUGUGAAUUAAAUAUGGAAAACCUAAAAAAAAAUGACAAAUGCUUCCUGUUUUAAUCAUACCAGUGUAAAAAUAAGUUAACCACUGUUAAUAUUAAAACGUAAAAACAAUACAAUAGCAAUUGUAAUUUUUUUUUUUUUUUUACCCGUCCUGUCCAGCCUUUAAAGCAGAUAGAAUUGUAGAUCUAAAUGCCGUCAAGUGCUCAACAGAUUUACUCUGCCAGGGAAAAGUGUGAUAUACAAUUCCCGUUAUACAGAAUUUAUUUGACUUUGGAGCAAAUUUGGAGCGACCGGACCGGAGCAGGAGGGGACAGAGAAAAAGAGAAAAGAAAACCGGGGGGGGCAAAAAAAAAAAAAGAGACAAGAGACAAGGACAACAGCAGCAACAACAACAAUUGUGACAACAAGAACAGAACAACAGAAACAUACAGAACUACAGUACAUCAGCAAAUUAAUGUGACAACUAUAAAGACGAACAAGGACAUAAGGACAAAACAAUAUCAACAACCACAAUGACAAAGCUGUCAAUGACAAUCACACAUAAUAGCAGUCAUGAAAUGAUGAACCACGAUAGUGAUCACAAGGACAAUACUGCAUUGAAACAGUCACACAUAACUGUAGUAAUGAAAUAUGAUAGUGAUCACAAUGACAAUACUGCAUUGAAACAGUCACACAUAACUGUAGUAAUGAAAUAUGAUAGUGAUCACAAUGACAAUACUGCAUUGAAACAGUCACACAACUGUAAUGAAAUGAUUAUGAUAGUGAACAGAAUGAUAAUUACUGUAAUGCACAACAUUGUAAAAAAAACUAUAAUCAUACUGUUGAUAUCACCGUUGCUGUAAUAAAACCAACAACAUAACACCCUGGUUAACUCUGAGUAAUGUGGGGAAGUACGUAUGUACUGUGAGUGUGCAUAUGUACAGGUAUCUCUGUAUGUGGGGAAGACUUCAUAUAUAUGUAAAGGUGCAGAAAUGUGUGGGCGUGUAAUUGUCACUGAGAAUGCAUGAAAGGAAAGGCACACCCUCCACCCACCCAGUGGAGGCACGGGCAGCAGAGAUAUAUCACCCAGCACCAGACCGCACGGAGCAAACCCCUUUAUGCUCCCCCUCCCCAAAAUAUAACUAAAAUAAAUAAAGUACACACACACAGUGGUCGACUGCCCGACACCCCAAAGCCUCGCCCUAUCCCCCGUUGGUAACCCAGCAAUUGUGAUUUUUAAGACAUUAUGGAAUCACAGGAGUGCCAAAAUUUAAAGGGAAUACAUGCAGAAAUAUAAAGAGUAUCAAUACAAAAAAAAAAAAAUACACUAAUGUAUAUUCUUUUUCCAAUUUGGUCAUUGCUUUUUAAAAUCUAGUCCUAGUUUUAUAAACAUACAUGCUUGCUGUGCACAGUUCAUUACAGGUACUAUAUGAAGAAAAAUAGCUUUAUUGAAACAGGUUUUUAAAAUAUGACAAUUACACAAGACAAAAAAAAUACAUUAGCAAAUAUAACUUAAUAUUUGCACCAAAUACAUAAACCUUAAAAAAAAGUGUACUAUUUACCCCACAAGAGUGUAUACCGACCAAUAUAUUUACAAGUGUAAAACAAACAAAAAACAAUUUAGUCCUGCCCUGAGACGGCUUGCUCCCCCUGCAUGUCCGCCCCCUCACUACCAAAGCCUUGCAUCAAUUUGUACAUCCACGCCAAGAGUGGACUCAGAGGCUCAUCUUCAACAAUCAACAGCAGCAGGGCGAUUAAGACAAACGCCACAAAUUGGAUCUGGAUGGGGACCAAGCGGCGUUCCACUUCCCUUCUCUCCUGCGUGGUAGGACUGACUGGUGUUUUAGGAUAGGUGAACCGGACAGGCCUCCCUGCUGCACCCUUGAUGGGCCUACGACACGUGGCGCUGCCACAAGUCAAAAACAAGAGUUUGUCUAACAUGCUGUGGAAGGGGGAAAAAAAAAAAAAAAUCCACACUUCUAAAGCCACACAGCAGCCAUCAGGCAUGACACCAUCUCAGACCUCUUGACCUCGAGACUUCAGCACAGUGAGCAUCUACUCCACAUGUGCCUUUUUUUUAAUAAUUAAAAUCAUGGCAGAGACAAAAUGUGAUAGCCACAGAACUUAUAAAUACAGUACAUCACAGGAAAGCCAUAUAUACACACACACACGUCCAUUAUAGCGAUCUAACUUAUCUUAAUUUAUUGUGUAAAACUAAGACAUGAAUAACAUCAAAUUAAAAGCUAAAAAGGAAUGCCGACCCACCAUCCACCAGUUCAAGUUCCAGCCAAGUUUUUCCAGAGAGAUUAUUACAUGGCUGUUUGACGUGUGUGGUAAAAGGCAGUGUGCUAGCAUGAAUUAACUUGAGACAAAUGUGCACAUUAGCACUCAAUAAGUCAUCAAAACUUACCUUUAUGCAUUCCCACAUAGUAUCAGCAUUUGACACCAAAUAUGAGGUGAAAGAAAAAUGGUAAAAAUACGGUAGUAGCCUAUCUGUGCGGCAUGAGAUAAAGUUAGCACACGCACAAUGGACAUGCGUCAAGUGAGACGGAUGUAACAGAGAAUCCGGACACUUUUCAAAAUAAAACAUCCAAAAAAUGAAAUAAUGGAAAUUUUUUCUUUCUCUGCGACCCGGUACCAAAUGACCCACGGCCCUGUUCCGGGCUGUGGCCCGGGGACCACUGCUAUACAGGACAUCAGUUUAUCCCUCUGUGCAUCAUGUCAAAGUUAAAGGUGAGCACAAUUUAGGUUUUCAUAAGUGAUUAACUUUUUACACUUGACAUUUUACAAGUUUUAUUACAGUAUAUAAUACACUUUAUUGCGUUCAGGCUUGUCACAAUUUUUAACAUUUGAAAUUAUAUGUAGGUUUGGUGCAAACUGGCAUAAUUUACUACAUGUUGUAUUUACACACAGCAUAUCCAUGCUGUAAGUUGAGGACUUUGUAUGUCACCAUACUCAAAUUAUCAAAGUUAGCAUCGACUCUUGCUGACUGUGGUUAAGUUCUUUUUAAACUUGUAUAACAGUUAAUGUUACUUAAAACAUUGCCUGUUUUAUGACGGCCACAGUUUGCUUGGUGAAGGCUGUACUAUCAAAUUGUGUUGUCACUCACUUGGUCACUGUGGGUGCGGUCUUAAUGUCCUUGAAAGCAGUUUUCACUGGGUCCUGUGGAAGCACACGCAAACAAAUCAACAGAUGUUGAAUAAAAAGCAGAAAAGUAAAAAUAAACGGACACCGGUAAAAAGCCCCAAAAGAAAGGCGAUAAGAACAAAAAAUAUGCAUACACAGUCUAUAAUUUAACUAGCUUUUAAAAACAGAUUAAGAUCAGUCAUGGUGUGCUCUCAUAAUUCAAUAUAACCCCCUUCAU